GGGGUUUAAGCCGAUGCAGCACAGGGCUCGAGGUGGUCGAUCAGGCUCCGCCCAACAUAGCGCUCGGCGGGCUGCAUAGUCAUAAACUUACUUGCGCUCAUAACACUAGACCUCUACCAUAACUUAUGACUGCUGACUGCAACUAGAAACGAAACUAUGGACGCGACACCAAGCAACUUGCCUCUGACGACGCUCCAAGCUCCGCCACCGCUCCCACAUGCUUGGGCUAGUGCACGUAGUCUAAACAUGCCGGUGUUGGGACAAGGCGUCGCGCAGGACGGUGCACUGGACGUUCCGCACCCGCCUGCACCCAUGGCCGGGGAGCCUUGUCUCGCAGCCCUUCAAGCGGCAGGCGUUGCACGCAGCCUGUUCGGCGCACCAUCAAGAGCUGAAAUCGACGGUUAUUUCCAGCAGGCGGAAGCCGCAUUAGCCAAGCGGCGAACAGGCCAGCGCACUGGCGUUUGACUCGCAACAAUGACGCAGCCGGCCAUCAGUACCGGCGCAUAAUGCGCAGGCCUAAUGGCAUGUUGAAUGCACCAUUUUGCGCUCGCGUUUCGGGGCUACAACCCUGCGGGCUCUACACUUGCGUCAGUGAUGUUUCCGGGUGCGGCCUGUGUCGAGAGCCCGCUCUAGGCACGGAAGACAGGCUGAAGCGCAUGCAGUCGUUUCUAGGGGCGCCGUGCCGUGUCGGUGCAAGUUUACUAUUGCAUGCGGGAGCCAAGGCCCUUGGUCAGGCUCUGAUUCUGAUCGCUGCCGCGCGGCUGUCAUCACAAAUUAUAUUGGGUGCGGCGUUGUGUACUAAGUGUGAAUAAGACUGCGAAAUUUCUGUGCCAUUCCACGAACGCGGGUUUCGUGUUGACCGCGCCAAGGUGCGGCCUGGAGAUAUCUCAUAGUUUGAUUGAACUACGACUUGACAGAUUCCUUCAUUCAGCCUAGAUGUCCAUGAAUGGCGUGCAUAUUCACGCUGCGGGGCAGUCAGGGAACCCUUUGGCUUGAGGGCUGGCACAGGUGGCGAGGGGAGGCAUGGUGUUGACAGCAGCCACGCGCCCGAGGAAACACAGGGGGGACGAUGAUCCGAUGAGAGUGUAGUAAUAAUAGCAAGACGAAUCGCUUGUUGUUUUGGAUGGCUUACCGAACACGCUUGGGGUGGUCGGGUGGGGUGGCAGCAUACGUGCGUGAGCACGCAGCCAGGGCCCGACCUGUGCAGGAAUGUGUGCAGGAAUACUUGAUGCCGUGAAGGACGGAAGGGCUGUGAGCAUGAGGGCGGCGGAAUGCCGCGGCCGCAGGCCGGUGUGCACGACGCGCCGUGGUGAUAACCUGUUUGCUUUUGGUGGCGUGGUAUGUUGGCGAAAGUUGGUGUCCGCCCGGAGGACCACGUGUUGAUGUACGCGCUUGGUGUUUCUGCAACCCUCUGUUGUGUUGGGUUGGUGUGGCAUAACCCGACCAGUUGUGCUUGUUGACGUGAACAGACAUGCAGUAUCUCUAGAUGCGAGGCGCUUGAAUUGCUAACCAGUUUGUUGCUGUGUUGGCUUGCGUGCUGACUAUCUUCUGUGCAAACGCGGGCUGUGGCUAGGCACAUGUCCUGGCUGCACCGCGUACAGGUGAGCCAGUGCACCAUUCUCCAUGGUGGAUUCCGGAUUCCUUCCUUUCUUGCCGUUUGUAUGUUGUAUCAAACUCUGACUGGCUGGCGGAAAGGCGCAGAAAGGCAAUUCGGAUGCACAGUGAUGCAUUUACGGUUUCACACAAGACAUGUUGGGACGGUGGUUCACCUUGAGCUUGGGUUGGUGUAUGCUGGUAAGCCUUCGAGUAGGGCUUCUUAAGCGGCGGGCGUUGUAUAUGUUUUGGGUAGGGCCAGGCGACAUACGUGCGAUGAUUGAGGCGUAUUGCGGCCUGUUCUUGGCUAGGGCGAGGAGAUGGGACGAUUGCACCUGCCUUGGCGCGGGCUGUGAAGGUUAUGCUUGCGUCGCUGGCUACAUGGUGAACCAGGCAAGACAAUGUGGUGGGCCACCGAGGCUGCGCACGAGAGAAGGACACGACGGCUCGAAAUCAUAGCAUUCAUGGUCUUUGAUUGAGGUUUUUGCUGGCGGUUGGUUCAGGUGGUGCACAGGCUGGGUCGGUGCUCCAUGUGCUCCAUGAGACACGGGGCGCUGUUGCGGCGAGACUGGCGGUAGGCACGCUAUUGCGCACAUGCAUUGCAUUUGGGCAUGGCAGUGCAUAGUAAAAGAGUGUGUGAGGAGACUUUGGUGACUUGAGAAGGUCUGGUGGCAUGGGCUGCCCAAUGUAUGCGGGCGCUUGCGUGGUAGGCACGUUACUUGACGAGAUUCCCGCCACCAAUCGUGGUGCGUAUUAUAUACAUGCAAGUUUUGUUCGUGCUUUUUCAACAAACAGCGGUAGAUACAGAGUUGGAAGUACGGGGGGAUUUAGUACAAUGCAGGAGCGAAGGGUGUUUCAGGCGCAGGCGUGGGCGUGAUCGCCCCCGACCGCCCGUGAACAUACGUUAAUUGAUGGUCGGUGCUUAGUAAGGUUCGGUGGGUAGGAUGGCGAUGUUGCGUCCAGUGGCAAGCAACUGCGGCGCGACACCGUUGAAUUGUAAAGGACUACACAU